AGAGUCGGAACAAGCACUCAAAGCGCAGGGGCAGACAGGAGCUAAUAUAAACGUGCUGCCCGUCACUCGGGGCUAUCAGGGGCUAAGAAAACAGCGCUACUUUUGUCACUGACCUCCGGCGCUUCAAAGAGGCAGCGGGACGCGCUGAGCUCCGGCCCAUGUAGAGCGGCCAGCGGCCAUGGCCACGCUGGACGGCUGCCGCUGCCGUGGAGCCAGCGGGAGAAACAACAACAGCAUCCUUUACAGCAUUUUGAAAAGUGACAGCCUCGCCACUGCCGAGGAGCAACAACACCAACACCACCCCCACACACCCCAACAACAAACAUUGCAACACUUGCUCCACAAAACCUCCUCUACAUCUACAUCCUCCGCGUCCCUGCAGGAGCUCCGGCAGCAGGCGUGCUCCUGCGGCUCGACGCGCCGCCGAGGCAUCCUCCGCUCCCCGCAGGUGACGUGCAAAGCCGCCUCGGCGGUGCUGGUGAAGACGCUGCGCUUCGUGAAAAACGUCCCCUGUUUUCGCGAGCUGCCCGAGGACGAUCAGCUGAUGCUGAUCCGGAGUGGCUGGGCGCCCUUGCUCGUGCUGGGGCUCGCGCAGGACCGGGUGGACUUUGAGACCACGGAGACCGUGGAGCCCAGCAUGCUGCAGCGCAUCCUCACCGGUGUACCGGACCGGCAGAGCGAGGUGCUGGCCGGCCAGAGCAGAGGGGCGACCGGAGUGUCUGUCGUGGAUAUCGAAGCUAUCAAAGCUUUUCUGAAGAAGUGCUGGAGUGUAGAUAUCAGUACGAAGGAGUACGCGUACCUGAAGGGAGCGGUGCUGUUCAACCCAGAUGUGGAGGGUCUGCGCUGCCUCCACUACAUCCAGUCCCUGCGUCGGGAGGCGCACCAGGCUCUGAACGAGCACGUCCGGCUGAUCCACCGCGAGGACACGACCAGGUUCGCCAAGCUGCUCAUAGCCCUGUCCAUGCUGAGGGCCAUCAGCCCGCCGGUGGUCGCGCAGCUCUUCUUCAGACCCGUUAUAGGGAGCGUCAGCAUCGAGGAGGUGCUCAUGGAGAUGUUCUACGGGAAGUAGGUCACAGUCCGGAGAGGACUGAGGUGAAUUCAGCACAUUCCGCUGCCAGGUGGACUUAAAAGCCCUCAUUGGGUAGCAGGUGAAGAGGAUUUUAGAGACUGAAUUUAGAGCUGCUGUGUGUGGGAGAUCUUCAAGGACUGUGAAAUGACCAACACAGACAAGAGUGUUUGUAUGUAUGCAUGAGAGAGAGAAUAGUGUUGAAGGCACGAGAUGCAAAUAGAGGAAAAAAAAUACAAAGCAGCUGCUGCAGUUCAUAACUUAUUUGUUUUUAUAUAAACUAUUUUUCUAUAAUAAAAAAAAUGCUCUCUGAA